UGCCUAUACACUCACGCCUCGAGACUAUGUAAAGUGGGCGCUAGAGCUCGCCAUGGGAUCAACCAACCUACUUUCUCCCCGCCAUUCGCCCUCUUGGCACUGCAAUGUAUCGAAGGCCUUCGCUUCUUGGUGCCGCUGCUCUGGUCUCGCUGGCUGCAGCUGCUGCCCAGGACACCACCGUGGCAUUCACGGACCCUAACACUGGAAUCGAUUUUCAGGCGUUUUCGGACUCGGGCCUUGGCUAUCAGUUUGGUAUUGCGCUUCCGGAGACGAUCACCACAGAAUUCAUUGGGCAGCUGGUCGUCCCACUCAAUGGCACGGCAGGCUGGGCGGGCGUGUCAUUCGGCGAGCACAUGGUUGGCCCACUGUUACUCGCCGCCUGGGCGAACGCUGGAAGCGUUAUGUCUUCCUUCCGUAAGGCCUCCCAAUACGCUCAACCACCUCCCUACUCCAACGCGAGCGUUACCCUUUCCCCCAUCUCCUCAGGCACCUACAUCAACGCCACACACGCCAGCCUCACCUUCGUCUGCGCGGGCUGCGUCGACGACGUGCUCUCGUUCUCGCCCGCGGACACGUCGACGACCAUGGCGUACGCGGUCUCGUAUACCUCGCCGCAGACGCCUGGGAGCGCGAGCGCGAAUCUGAGCUUCCAUGGGGCUGGAUACGGACAAUUUACGGUGCUUCUCUCAGAGGCGCAGUCGCCGGAGUACGAGUCAUGGGCAGCGAUGGCCAGUAGCUGAUCAGACCGUCGCGUAGAACGCUUCCUUGUACGCUAUUUCGCAAGACCUGAUAAGAACUAUCUCAUCGUUGUCUGCUUGGGCCUCGGGACCGUCUCGCACAAACAUCGUUG